AUGAUGAUCAAGAUGAUGACCAAGAUGAUGACCAAGACGAUGACCAAGACGAUGACCAAGACGAUGACCAAGACGAUGACCAAGACGAUGACCAAGAUGAUUGCGCAAGUACUUUCAUUAGUUGGGUUAGUCUAG